AUUUUAUUCUAAGAUCAUACACGAAUAGACAUAUUAUUUGUGAAGCAAUGGAUGUUUUCAAAAGCGUAUGUUCCGUGUUAGCAGCAGUGCUUGUUAUUUAUAUUGUUUAUAAAAUAUUUAAAAAACGUAGUGUUUUAAAAAAAGUUUAUAAGUUGCCAGGACCUCCAAGACUUCCGAUUUUUGGAAACUUCUUUGAUUUAUUCAACUGUGAUUCAGUGCAACUAUUUGAAAAAUUUAGAGAAUGGGGUCGAAAAUAUUCUCCAGUUUAUUCAUUCACUGUACUUGGCUUGCCAGUAGUAGUUGUCACUGGACCUGAUGAGUUCGAAAAAAUCGCAUCUGGGUCAAAACAUCUCACCAAAGGAAUUACUUACACCCUUGUAGAACCAUGGCUUGGAAAAGGUCUUUUGACAAAUUCAGGUUCCCUAUGGCAGCAAAGAAGAAAGAUUUUGACACCUGCAUUUCACUUUAGUAUUUUACAAGAAUUUUUAAAAGUGUUUAACAAGGAAACUGCUAGGUUAGUCGAGAUUAUCAAACAAGAAAAUAAGAAAUCGGCAACAAAUAUAGUUCCAUUAAUUUCUCAAACCACUUUAAACACUAUUGCAGAAACAUCUUUUGGAACAACGCUCGAUUUGACCAAAAAAGACGACAAAAAUUAUGUCUCUGCAAUUCAUGAAAUGGGUAAAAUCUUGGUAUAUAGAAUAAUAAGACCUUGGUUCCAUACUUCAUUUGGAUUUAAUCUAUUAUCUUCUCUUGGCGCUAGACUUAAAGAAGUCUUAUCAACGCUGCAUAGCUUUACAGAACGUAUUGUACUAGAAAGAUCACGAGAUUUCAAACCUUUUGAAGUUAAUAAGGAUGAUGAAACAAAGAGGAAGAAACUAGCUUUUCUGGAUUUAUUGUUGAAUGCAAAAAUUUCCAAGGGUAUCAUCGAUGACCAAGGUAUUAUGGAUGAAGUGAAUACAUUUAUGUUUGAAGGACAUGAUACAACUGCCACAGGUCUAUCAUGGGCUUUACGUCAAUUGGCAAUACAUACCGAAUACCAGGAUCAAAUUUAUGAAGAAAUUAUAUCUGUAUUAGGAGAUGCACAAAAACAACCAGACCUGAACGAUCUAAAUGAACUAAAAGUAAUGGAACGAUUUAUUAAAGAAACUUUACGUCUUUUUCCCGCUGUGCCCAUAAUAUCAAGGAUGUUGGAUGAAGAUACUGAACUGAAUGGAUAUUUGGUACCAAAGGAGGCUUCUAUUGAUAUUUGGAUUUAUGACAUUCACAGAAACCCGAAAUAUUGGCCAGAACCUGAGAAAUUUGAUCCCGACCGCUUUUUGCCUGAAAAUUGUGUGAAUAGACAUCCAUUUGCUUUUGUACCUUUCAGUGCUGGUCCCAGAAAUUGCAUUGGUCAGAGAUUUGCAAUGUAUGAGAUGAAGGCUAUUCUUUGUGGAAUUAUGCAGAAUUUCUCAGUGGAAAUCGCUGAUAAAAAUGAAAAAGUUGAAAUAAUAACUGAUAUGGUGCUAAGGAGUGCACACGCAAUUAAUUUGAAGUUUAUACCGCGUACUAACUAAUAUUUCGGUUUUGUAAAUUGUAAUAAUCAAAUUGUUAUUAUAUAAUUUUUUAUUGGCUGUGUUAUUGUUAUUGCGUUAGUUUUAUUUUGAUAGCGUAAUUAAAACAUAAUAUUUUACAUGAUCCUUUUUUAUAACUAUUGAGGGUAUUUUUAAAAUAUUAAAUAUA